GGAUGUAUUUUAUUAUAAAUUUAGUGGUAAUUGCCGUAGCCCUGUGCUUUUUUUUGUCUAGGCAACGGUAUGAUUCGGUUUCGUUGCCAGUUCUCCUGCCAACGUGGUAGAACUCAGUCUUGCGCGUUUUAUCUGUAGAACAUGUUUCAAACUUAUUGUUGUUUUUCUGUAAAACCAAAUUUCCGCACGUGUCCAUCGUAUGCUAAUAUCCUCAGAUAGAGCCCAAGGAUGAGAUUCAUUUUGCGUGGCUGAAUUUUGGAAGGAGUCACCAUCUUUAUAGAGGCUUAUCUCCCGUUAAUUUUAGUAUUUGUUUGGUCGUUGGCUUUAUUUGGAUAUUCCGUAUCAGAAUUUUUUAAUUUUUCUUAUUUCUCUGGCUUUAUAACUAUUUUCAUAGCGUAUACAUUAUAAAGGUGUUAUUUAUGCCAUGGUUGUUACAUGUGUAUCGUUUUACUUCGACUAAAGCAGCAGCAGUAAAACAAUAGGGAUGAAUCCAAAUAAAAUUUAAUCAGCUUUCAAAAAGUGAUGACAACGAGAAAAGAACAAUAAUAUUUAAACGUUAUAUUUUUAUUUCUGGAAAAAGCAUUCUAAAAGGACUGAAUGUUGCAAAAAAAUAUAUUACCAUAUGAGUCGUACCGCUAAUUCAUGUUGAUCAAAUUCAUAGGUAUUUAUCAUCGUGAGCCGUUUAUCAGUUGUGUGUGAAAGCUAAGUUAAUUUAGUAACGAAAGGGUUCAAAAAUUAAAAAUGUUCCAAUAUUUUUAUAUAUAUUUGAUUAUUAUUAAUGAAUUCUAAUAAUUUUAUAGUUGUCUUCGAGUCUAGAAUUUCAUUACUCUUCUUUAUAUGUAUUAGACUGUUUACAAAUUAGGCAGCAUUUGUAUAGUAUAAGCAUACCAUUUUUCUUAUUUACCCAUCUAGUUACCCUGCGAGGCUCCUUUUUUUUCUGGUAAAGCAUGCGGCGCCUUUAUCCAAAAGUGUCCUACGUUGUCCAAGCUUCUAUCACUAAUCAGUUAUCAUUUUCCACAGCAUCAGGACAACGUAUGGAAUCUGAAUCAUCGGAACGAGAAAGAGAAUGUGAGCUUCGAAGACAGGUUCUUUACAAAUACAAUGGAGUGAAGAUUCCCGAACUAGUCAGCUUUAAUUAUGGACAUUUUUCUUCUGUCAAUAUAAAUCUUUCUGCUACCCAGUAUGCGUUGCGUGAUGCAGAUGAUUCCUUUAAUAGUAAUAUAUUGCCUAACAAUAGUUCGAAAGAGAUCCGAAGAAUGAUCUGGCUUAUGAUUCUUAGCGGGCUUACUCUGAUUUAUUUUCUUAGAAAAGUAGUUCUUCAAACCAGUCGUGGCUUAAAUGACCUUGAGCUUCCCCUGUGGCUGGCCAGUAUUGAAAGACAGUCCAAGCAUAUUAUCUUCCUAAUCCAAUUUGAUGAGCAAACCAGGAUAGAUUUGAGGAAAGAGUUUGAGUCUGUUCACUUCUUAAAUCCAUUUAUUGACUUUUUUGACUGGGUCAAGACAAAGCGACCGGAAUUUGGCCUUGGCAUUCGGUAUGAUCCUGGCGUAAGUAUAGGUAUACUUUUGACUUUCUUGGCAAAUACUGAAUCACAUGUGCUAACGAUAUUUAUACGAUCCAUUCAAAUGGCUUCCCUAAAAAGAAAUGUGUCUCCUAUGCAAAGGCUUGAUGAAUUCAUUGAUCAUAUUCGUUUCUCCGGUUCUGUGACUAGUGGAACUGAUAAUAUGAAAGCAUUUGAUGGAGAAAAUGUUGUUUGUUCUAAAGCAGCAUCGACACAUUUGGUUAAAAAAUCCACUGCUUUAUCAGAGACGCAUAGUGUUAACACUGGCGAAAUAUUCAGCAUUCCAAAACCUGACCCUCACGAAACCAAUCCUUUCCGGUACACAUAUCCAGAUGGGCAAUGCACAUCUUAGCAGAAACAUGAAUCUAAGGCUUUGUAUGCGAGUGGUGCUUUUAUUGUUUUUAUUACUUUUUAGUAAAGUGAUUUUUUCCCCUGUUAGCUUUUCCAAUCCGUGAAUUUAAUGAGUUAUUCAUUUAGUCGCUUGAAUUGAUGCUGUUUAUGAGCAUAUACAAUGUGCCUCAAAUUAUCCAUAUCUCUCUAAAGCAUUCAAUGUAGAGGUUGCGGAAAGGGCUUAUAUACAUUCCAGCAAGUAUAUUGUU